ACGGCACACCCCCAACCACCAGCCACAAAUCCUCUAGAUGGCAGUCUGUAGAUUUACCACAGUGUGUUAUGAAGCUCCACUUACGUUGGUGAUCUGAAAUUGUAAACAAAAUGAGUUGCUUAUGGAUGGGUAAUCUAGAGCCUUACAUGGAUGAGAAGUUCAUCUCUCGUGCAUUCGCCACCAUGGGAGAGCUUGUGGUGGGGGUGAGAAUCAUCCGGAACAAAAUGAACUGGGGUGCGGCAGGCUAUUGCUUUGUUGAGCUGGCGGACGAUGCCACUGCUGAGAGGUGUCUCAGGAAAGUCAACGGAAAGCCUCUCCCUGGAGCCACACCGCCGAAGAGGUUCAAACUAAACCGCGCCACGUACGGAAGACAAGGAGAGAACAGAGGUGGUUACUCAGACAACGGGUACAAUCAGCCAUACUCAUACAACAACAGCCAGUACUACCAACAGUACCCUGACUACUACUCCAACUGGGGCUAUGACCAGAACACGGGCAGCUACGGAGGUUACAACUACAACCACUAUGACUAUAGCAACCAGGGUUAUGGGGAGACUGAAGAUGAUGGAUUGGAGUACCCCAUGGUGGCACUGGAUGUGGUGGCAGCCAACAGGCAGUACAUGGAGGAGAGUGAGGAGCUGUAUGAUGCCCUCACAGACUGCCACUGGCCUGCCCUGGAGCCUCCUGGUCCUACUGCUGCUGCCCCAUCCAAGGCACAGUAGAGCUAGCAGACCCCCUGGUCGACAGACAGCAACAGUCAGACUCUCUCAACCUCUCGAUGUGGAUUGUUUGGAACAGCCCAGUGUGAAGGUUCAAAGGGUAAAGGCAUCUCGUCCUGCCUGCCAAGAGUAGCUGGUCUUCAGUGUCUCGUACACUUGCAAUGGGCUAAGCUAAGCGAACAGACCACAGUGUAUGAUUCGUGUGAACCCAGCUCCAGUGACUGAAAGGAUGCCCCCCUCAUGUUUGAAUUUGUAUUUUUAUUGCUCACCCCCACUCAUUUUUGGGGGGUUAUUGGGCACUGGUUUGGUUCCAAUUGCCCAAUGAACAGGCUUUUUCAUAUUUAUUGUCCACACUGGAAAAUAGAAUAAGAUUGAAAUAUAAUCCCUAUUCGACACCCUAUUCUACCUAUUGAUUAUCUAUCUAGGGUCACUUGCUUCUUAUUGUGGAGUGGAAGACUGUGUAGUGGGUGUUUUAAACCUUUCUCCUCCACGUUAUAAUUUGAAAGCUGUGGUACAGACAAUUGUUGAUUCUGCUUUAUGUAAAUACUCGUCAACAGAAGACAAUGUGGAAGUGCGUGUAUUCACUUUAUAAUAUCUUACAUGAAUAAUACAUUAUAAAUGCUUAAUAAAUUCAUAUAAAUGCUUUUACGUUUUUUAAUAUAAUGAAAUAUUUUAAUAAAUAGGUUAUGAAUGCU